AUGCAGAUGUUUGCAGGUGGGUCUAAUAAAUUUUCCAGCGGGUCACAUCUAAAGAAGAUAUUUGCUGCUAUGAUAAAUGAAUCUGGCGAUAUUGAUGUCAACAAAAAUCCCUCUUUGGAUGAUCCAAAUAAAAGCACAUUAAUGCAUAAACAACUGAUAGCAUACAAUGUACCAGUUACCAAUAAUGAAGAAGAUAUACCCCCUUUCUUUCCUACAAAUAUUUGGUCUUCAAACUUUCAAUCUCAAAGGAGUGUUUCACUUUUUCCUGAGUGGGAAUCAAAACUCCAUAUCGUAGAACCACAUAGCCCUGUUUGUGACGUUGAAGUUGAUUCAAACUAUGUUCUUCAUAAUCCACAACCUACUUUACCAAUAAAGUUUCAAUUUUUUGAUCCUCUACUUUUUGAUGACGAAAAACUUGAAUUUGCAAAGUAUAUGGGCCCGGAACUAAGUAAAUCCAAUGUGUUGACUUUCAGAGAUCAAAAUGGUCAACAUUUCUCAGUACCACCAGAGUCACGUUUUUUUGUUAUUAAGUCAAACAAUUUUUUAGAUAUCUUUGCUUCUUUCAGAAAUAAGGUCUGGUCAUCAACAGAGUUAGGAAAUAAGCGAUUGAAUAACGUUUUCAACUCUCUCACAGAGAACGGGAAAGUUUUUCUUUUCUACCUGGUUAAUGGUUCCGGGCAGUUCUGUGGGAUAGCUGAAAUGCGUGAUUCAGUUGACUAUUCCCAAUCAUGUAACAUAUGGGUGGAACAAACACGUUAUAAAGGCAUUUUCCCAGUGGAAUGGCUAAUGGUGAAAAAUGUACCCAAUAAAUAUUUCAAUCAUUUAAAGAUCCCUGAUAAUGAUAAUAAACCAGUUACAUGUUCUAGGGAUACCCAAGAAAUGCCAUAUAGUGUUGGCUUGUCUAUGUUGAAGAUAUUCAGUUCCUUCAGAUCCAGAUCCUUUACUACCGGGUCAUCUGAUAGAACACCUGAAUCGAAUAAGCCAAUCGCAAACAUCACUUAUGGAGAGUUUUCCCCUGCUCAAAGAGCAUAUUUAGAACGACUUGUUAGAGUUGACCAAGCAGGUGAACUUGGUGCCAAUUACAUUUAUAUGGGACAACAUUUUGUUCUUGCCUCAAAGUCUCCCGAAUUGAGAGAUUUGAUACAGCAUAUGUGGGACCAAGAAAUCCACCACCACGACACUUUCAACCGGUUACAAACUGAACGCCGAGUUAGACCAUCAUUAUUGACCCCACUUUGGAAAGCAGGUGCAGUAGCUAUGGGUGUGGGUACUGCUCUUAUUAGCAAAGAGGCAGCAAUGGCUUGUACAGUUGCUGUUGAAACAGUCAUUGGUGGUCACUACAACGAACAGUUACGGAUAUUAAUGAAUCAAUUUGGAACACCUAUAUUUAAGGAUGGUGAACAAAUAGAGCAAGGUGAAGUUGAGACCGAAUUGAAAGUGUCUCCCGAAUUGGCUUCCUUGAAGAAGUUAAUUAGUGAGUUUCGGGAUGAUGAAUUAGAACAUUUGGAUACAGCUAUUGAGAAUGAUGCAGAGAAAGCGGUUCCAUACAAAUUAUUAACUGAAGGUAUCAAGCUCGUUGUUAGAGGUGCUAUUUGGACGGCCGAAAGAGUCUAA